UGUAGCAAAAAAAUGUACAAAACAUCAACGCAGAAAUAUACAACGAGGCUUUCAAACCUAUCAAGGAUCUUAUGGAUUAUAGUCAUUCUCGUACUACCUUAUACACAAGCCAAAUCAAUAUUCAAUUAUGGCCAACCAUAUCCGUUCGGCAUCGACGCCACAACAACGACAACCACACAACUGCCACAAACAACAACAACCGAAGCCUCAGCACGCGAUAUAGUAAUCGGUCCCUGUCGUUGGGUUAUCGAACGCAAGUGUCCCGAUAAGGAUAUACGCUUCUACUUGUAUACGCGUCGUAAUCCUGUAGAUCGGCAAUGUUUGCACAUCGAUGAAACGCUGGACAAGUCGAACAUAACAAAUUCGAAUUUUAAUCCACGUUAUCAGACAAAGAUCAUCAUACAUGGUUACAAUGCGGAUAUGUUUAUGGGUACACUGCAGCGCAUGCGGCAAGAAUACUUAAUGCGUGAUGAAUACAAUAUUAUCUAUGUGGAUUGGGCUAUAUUGGCGCCAGGCCCCUGUUAUUUGAGUGCCGUCCAUAAUACCAAACAUGUGGGCGCCUGUGUGGCACAGCUUGUGGAGCGCAUUCUAGAAAUGGGUACUACCGAUAUGCAUGUCAUAGGUUUCUCGCUGGGUGCGCAAUUGUCGAAUUAUGUUGCGCGGAAUUUGGGCUCAUUUGAGCUGCCGCGAAUAACGGCACGCAAAGGUUUCUGGGGUUGGGCUUGCAGUUCGUACAUCUCCUACUUGCUCGGUAUGUGUCCGCCAACCAAUUAUCUGCUCGAGGCAGGCGAAGAUAUAAAACCCAGCACGAAGGGUAUGUUUUUUGUCGAGACCAAUGAUACAUCGCCUUAUGCUUUAGGCAAAUGGACUGACUUGCCAACGUUGGGCAAACAAAAACCGAGCGUUACUAGAGCGCCAAUUACCAUUACUUUACCGCCGCCAGCAGGUUUCCAGGAUCCAUUGUUGCGUCAAAUCGAUCAAUGGAAUAAAUUGGAUACGAGUUUCAAUAAUAUUGAACAAACGCCAACGCCAUUUUCACAAGAUCCCAAUGGUGAAAAUUGGACGUAUUUUAGUGGCGUUGGCACGCGUGAUAUAACCGAAGAUUCGGAGAAUGCAAAGGUGGAGCAGGCUGUGAAUUCUGUGGAGGAACAAAGUUUUGAGGAGACGAAAAAUGAGAAAGAAACUCAGGUGGCGUGGCAUGAAUAUCGACGAAAUUUAACUAAUGGUUAUGUAGAGAAUAGUAUUUUCAAAGUGCCUCAUAUUGAAGGGGAAGGGCUGAAGGGGAAGAAAAUAAGUAGACAGCCGCGAGUAAAUGAAAUAAAGUGAUAAAAAAUGGAAAGAUCUAUAUUUUUAGAUUGAUAUUAGAGCUAUGAAGGGCGAAAAAUUUGGGACUGUGGUGAGUAUGGAAACAUAAAAUCGUUUGAUGGAUUGAAGAAAGUCGUAUAAUGGAAGAGACCAUAGUUCGCAAAACCUCGUCUAACCUUAAAGCCCUAAUAAAUUCAAAUAGUUUCAGUGAUGUCAACGAGUGAAUGUACGUAGCUUCUGAAGUCACUUACGUAAACUCGGCACCUGGCCCUGCAAUGUAUUACGGUUCUUUGACAGGGCAGCUGAGACUUCUAAGGGCAUACUUCACGUGUGCGCCGCAGUGGCGUGUAGGCAAGAAAAGUACCUUCGAGUAUUAAGCCCGCUGCCGAAUCACAUGCACUUGUUGUCACCAAACAUCCUCUUGGACUUCUUAAGGAGGGAGUUAGGAAUGAGUGACGUGUGGUAAGGAGCAAGAGGGUACAAUAGAUCUUACAAGCUGUCUAGGCGCGCGAAAAAGUGGCAUCCCAGAAAUUGGAGGCUCUUUGUGGCUAAAAGCCCAGUGUACUGUUUAUAAAGAACAGAAUAAUGCUAAGACCUCUACAACAACAACAACCUCCUCGACAGCAGA